UGGGCACCGGAAGCGGGCGAAUUGAAAACGGGCGGCGGCCGCGGGCAGUUUGAAUUGGAGUUUGGUCCCCCAAGCCGCCGUGGCUGCGCCGAGCCCGACAGUCUGAGGGGUUGUUUGCGGUUCCCGGCUAGCAAGUUUAUUUAUAAAUGUUUGCAUAAUAAAGAGAGGAGAGCAAAAUGAGCUGGGCUUUGGAAGAAUGGAAAGAAGGCUUGCCUACAAGAGCGCUUCAGAAAAUUCAAGAGCUUGAAGGACAGCUCGACAAGCUGAAGAAAGAAAGGCAGCAAAAGCAGUUUCAGCUGGAAGCUCUGGAGGCUGCAUUGCAGAAGCAAAAACAGAAGGUUGAGAAUGAAAAAUCCGAGGGUGCAAACCUGAAAAGGGAGAACCAAAGCUUGAUGGAAAUAUGUGAAAAUCUGGAGAAGACUAAGCAGAAGAUUUCUCAUGAACUUCAGGUCAAGGAGUCACAAGUGAAUUUCCAAGAAGGCCAACUGAAUUCAAGCAAAAAACAAAUAGAAAAACUGGAACAUGAACUUAAAAGGUAUAAAUCUGAACUUGAGAGAAGCCAGCAAGCUGCACAGUCGGAAGACAACUCUCUGAAUCCAUGCAGUACACCACAAAAAAUUCUUAUCACUCCACUAACGCCAAGUCAGCAUUGCAGUGGUUCCAAGUAUGAAGAUCUGAAAGAAAAAUAUUAUAAAGAAGUUGAAGAACGAAAAAGAUUAGAGGCAGAGGUUAAAGCCUUGCAGGCUAAGGAAGCAAGUCAGGCUGUUCCCCAAAACCCCAUGAAUCACCGGGACAUUGCCCGACAUCAGGCUUCGUCGUCUGUGUUCUCAUGGCAACAAGAAAAGACACCAAGUCGCCUCUCAUCUGAUGGGCUGAGAACUCCAAGUAGGAGAGAUUUCUCUGCAUCUCACUUUUCGAGGGAACAUGGGGUGACUCCAAGCAGAUCAACUUUGCGGCCAGGCAGAAGAGAUGCUAAUGGCAGUUUUUGUGAUAAUUCUGGCAAUUCUCAUCUUUUGGAUCAAUUGAAAGCCCAGAAUCAAGAGCUAAGGAACAAGAUUAGCGAGUUGGAACUACGUCUGCAAGGACAAGAAAAAGAAAUGAAAGGCCAAGUGAAUAAAUUUCAAGAACUACAACUCCAUCUGGAGAACGCAAAAGUGGAAUUAACUGAAAAAGAGAAAGUUUUGAAUAAAAGCAGGGAUGAGCUAGUGAGAACAACAGCACAGUAUGACCAGGCUUCCACCAAGUGUACGACAUUGGAACAAAAACUGAAAAAAUUGACUGAAGAUCUGAGUUGUCAGCGACAAAAUGCAGAAAGUGCCAGGUGCUCUCUGGAACAGAAAAUCAAGGAAAAAGAAAAGGAGUUUCAGGAGGAGCUCUCCUGUCAGCAGCGCUCCUUCCAAACACUGGACCAAGAGUGCACACAGAUAAAGGCCAGGCUCACACAGGAGCUACAGCAAGCCAAGAACACGCACAACGCCCUGCAGGCAGAACUGGAUAAAGUCACGUCAGGAAAGAAUCAGCUAGAAAAAAACUUGGAGGAGUUUAAGCAGAGGUUCUGCAGAACUGAGCAGGCGUUACAGGCGAGUCAGAUCAAGGAAGAUGAGCUGCAGAGGAGCAGCGAGGGACUGAAGAAGGAAAACGGCCUCCUGAAGAGUCAGUGUGAGCAAAGAGCCCGGGCCGUGUGCCACCUGGAGGAGGAACUGACGAGGGCCAAGCAGGGCUGGAGUCAGAGCCAGGCUUUGGCCGAAGAAAUGAAGGCUAAGCAUACCUCUCAGGAAACCAGGUUAAGAGAUCUUCAAGAAAAAAAUCAGCAAGAGAAUUCCUUGACUUUAGAGAAAUUGAAGCUUGCCUUGGCUGAUCUGGGAAAGCAGAGAGAUUGUUCACAAGAUCUUUUGAAGAAAAGGGAACAUCACAUUGAACAACUGAAUGAUAAGUUAAGCAAAACAGAGAGAGAGUCCAAAACUUUACUGAGUGCUUUAGAAUUAAAAAAGAAAGAAUAUGAAGAAUUGAGAGAAGAAAAAACUCUGUUUUCUCGUUGGAACAGUGAAAAAGAACAACUUUUAAAUCAGAUGGAAUCAGAAAAGGAAAGCUUGCAAGGUAAAAUAAAUCACUUGGAAACUUGUCUUAAGACACAACAAAUAAAAAGUCAUGAAUACAGUGAGAAAGUAAGAACACUGGACAUGGAAAGAGAAAAUCUAAAUGUCGAGAUCAGAAACCUUCACAAUGUGAUAGACAGCAAGACUGUGGAGGCAGAGACACAGAAACAAGCUUAUGUAGACUUACAACAGAAAGCCGAGCUCUCGGAUCAGAAACAUAAGAAGGAAAUAGAAAACAUGUGUUUGAAAAUUUCCCAGCUUACUGAGCAAGUUGGAGAUCUAGAACACAAGCUUCACUUACUAUCAAGUAAAAUAAUGGACAAAGACCAGCGUUACCAAGACUUGCAUGUUGAGAAUGAGAGCCUCAGGGAUGUGCUAAAAUCCAAAGAUUCUUCUCUGGUGACAAAUGAAGCACAUCACAGAAGUGUUGUGGCUUUUGAACAGCAGCCUGCAGUGAAUAAUUCCUUUGCAAGUAUAAUUGGAGAGCAAGGAAGCAUGCCUUCAGAAUGGAGCAAAUGCCAUUUAGAAGCAGACCAAACUCAAAAAAAUUCAACCAUCUUACAAAGUAGGGUUGUUUCUCUUGAGUCUUCAUUAGAUUCUCAAAAGCAGAUGAACUCAGAUCUGCAAAGGCAGUGUGAAGAGUUGGUACAAGUCAGAGGAGAAAUAGAAGAAAAUCUCAUCAAAGCAGAACAACAGAUGCAUCAAAGUUUUGUAGCUGAAACAAGUCAAUGCAUUAGUAAGUUACAAGAAGACACUUCUGUUCAUCAGAAUGUUGUUGCUGAAACUUUAGUUGCCCUGGAGCACAAGGAAAGAGAAUUCCAACUUUUGAAUGAAAAAUUAGAAACUGAGCAAGCAGAGAUUCAAGAAUUAAAAAAGAACAACCAUUUACUUCAGGAAUCUCUAAAGGAGCUACAACUUCUGUCUGAAACUCUGAGCUUGGAGAAAAAGGAAAUGAACUCCAUCAUUUCUCAACAUAAAAAGGAAAUUGAAGAGCUGACCCGAGAGAAUGGGACUCUCAAGGAAAUUAAUGCAACCUUAAAUCAAGAGAAGAUUAACUUACUCCAAAAAUGUGAGAGUCUUUCUAGCUGCAUAAAUGAAAGAGACAAAAGCAUGUCAGAGUUAUCUAAUCGGUACAAGCAAGAAAGAUUUGCUUUACUACAAAGAUGCGAAGAAACAAGAAACACAUUUGAGGAUCUUGGUGAAAAAUAUAAAGCAGCGCAAGAAAAGAAUUCUAAAUUAGAAUGCUUGCUAAAUGAAUGUGCUGAUGUUUGUGAAAAUAGAAAAAAGGAACUGGAACAGCUAAAAGAAACAUUUGCAAAGGAGCACCAAGCAGUUGUCACAAAAUUAGCUUUAGCUGAAGAAAGAAACCAGAAUCUAAUAUUAGAGUUGGAGGCAGUGCAGCAAGAUCUGAGAUCUGAGAUCACAGACAUGCACAACAAUUCCAAGAGCGAGGCUGACAGUUUAAAGCAAGAAAUCAUGACUUUAAAGGAAGAACAAAGUCAGAUGCAGAAGGACUUUAGUGCCUUAUCACAAGAGAAUGAGCACCUGAUGACACUGAUGAAGACUGUACAUCAGCAUCAAACUCUAGAAUUGGAACCAAUUAGGGACUCUGUGAAUGAAAGAGAGAGUGAGAUAUGUAAGUGUGAUGUUCAACUCCCAGUAGAGCUUGAAGCUAAAGAUACUUCUCUGGACAGUUAUAAUGCACAACUGGCACAAUUAGAAGCAAAGGUAAGAAAUAUGGAAUUAAAACUUCAGGAAAGUGAGACACAGAAGGAGUACCUGCAGCAUGAAUUACAGACCAUCAGAAGCAGAGUGGAAGCUGGAAAUUUGCAGCAAGACACUCAGUCACAAGAAAGUAGGGACCCUAAAGACUCUGAAAUAGACACAAAAGAAAAGUAUACUUCCGUGCUUCAUGAGUUGUCAGCGAGUCAAAAUGAUAAUGCGAAUCUACAGUGCUCUCUGCAAACAGCAGUGAGCAAGCUGAAUGAAUUAGAGAAAAUGUGUGAAAUACUGCAGGUCGAAAAGUUUGGACUCAUGUCUGAGCUGAAUGAUUCAAGAUCACAAUGUAUCACAGCAACUAGUAAAAUGGCUGAAGAGGUAGAGAAAUUAGUCAGUGAAGUUAAAAUAUUGAAUGAUGAAAAUGGUCUUCUCCAAGGUGAGUUAGUGAAAGAAAUGCCAGAAGGUGAAUUUGGUGGAAAACAAAAUGAGCAGAAGUCUGCACCCUUAAAUCCUUUGGAUGACAGUAAUUGCUAUGACUAUUUGACAUUGUCAAAUAAAGAAGUUCAAAGGCACUUUGCAGAAUUGCAGGAGAAAUUCUCAUCUUUGCAAAGCAAACACAAGAUUUUACAUGAUCAGCACUGUCAAAUGAGCUCUAAGAUGUCAGAUUUACAGUCCUAUGUCGACACAUUAAAGGCUGAAAAUUCAGUCUUGUCAGUGAGUCUGAGAAACUUUCAAGGGGACUUGGUAAAGGAGGCGGUGCCGGGACCCGAGGAGGAACAUUUUCUGUCCUUGUCAUUCUCUGGUGUGACUGACAGCCCUGGUCUUACAAGUUUGGGAGAGUCCUCUUUUUACAAAGAUCUUCUUUUAGAACAGACAGGAGAAACAUCUCUUUUUAACAACAUAGAAGGGAUUGUUUCAGCAAACCAGUCUCACAUAGAGGAAGUAUCUUGCGGAAGUCUGGAGGAAGGGACUCUGACCAAGGAAGCAAUGUCCUCCCCAGUGGGGAGGGUCGAGGAACCCGAGACCAUCUGUCAGAUGUACCUGCAGUCCCUUAAGAAGCUAGAAGAGAAAAUCGAGAAUCAAGAGAUGAUGAAAAAUAAGGAAAUUGAAGAGCUCAAACAGUUACUAAGCUCUGAGAGGAAAGAGCUCGACCGUCUUAGGAAGCAGUAUUUGUCAGAAAAUGAGCAGUGGCAGCAGAAGCUGACAAGCGUGACUGUGGAGAUGGAGUCCAAAUUGGCGGCAGAGAAGAAACAGACAGAACACCUGUCACUUGAGCUCGAAGUAGCGCGACUCCAGUUACAAGGUCUGGACCUGAGUUCUCGGUCUCUGCUCGGCACUGACGUAGAGGAUGCUAUUCGGAAUGGAAACGAUAGCUGCGAUAUAAAAGAAUCAGAAACUGAAGAUGGAACAUCAGUGCAUGACAUUCAUCAGAUCUGUGAAGAAGAUGGACAGCAGGAUCUCGGUCUAAAGACAGAGAAAGUAACUGAGAUGGGUGCAGUCACACUGACAGAUUGGUCCAGGGAGCGGUCACCAGAAACCAGUUACAAGACUGUAGUGGAAGAUAAAACCCAGGGCUGUUCAGAACACAUUUCCAAACUGUCACUUUCUGGUCCUAAUGCCUUGGUACCUGUGGGUUUUCUGGAGAACCAGGUAACCAUUCAGAAUCUCCAACUGCAGGUAGAGGAGACAUCAAAUGAGAAUUUGAGAUUAUGUCAUGUCAUAGAGGAAUGUGACCAAAAAGUUGAAAGUUUGUUAAAUGAAAUAAAAGGGUUAGACUCAAAACUUGAUUUGCAGAAAGUACAACUAACUACCAAGACUGAAGCAUGUUUAGAAUUGGAAAAAAUAGUUGAGGAACUUAAGAAAGAAAAAUCAAAUUUACGUGAGGAAUUGGAAUCCUUUUCUUGUGACAACCAGGAGUUACACCAGAGAAGAGAAGGUUCAGAAGACCUCGAUUCUAAUUUAAAAGUGGGCACAGAUGAAUUGUCACAUCAGGUUAUUGAAGAUAAAAUAUCCGAGAUGAACGACAAGUGGAGAGAGAGAUUGCUUGAUGUGGAGAAUGAACUGAAGAGGAUCGAGGCUGAGAAAGGUAGCAUCGAGCAUCGUGCCCUUUCCGUGGAAGCUGACUUAGAGGGAGUCCAAGCAGAGAAGCUAUAUUUGGAAAGAGAUGUUGAAAAUAAGCAGAAAGUUAUCACCUGUCUUCAGGAAGAACUCUCUGUGGUCAUAAAUGAGAGAAACCAGCUUCAUGGAGAAUUAGAUACUUUGUCAAAAGAUAGGAAAGAGCUGGAUCUGAUGUCUGAAAAGAUGAAGGAAAAGAUACAAGAGCUCAAAUCUCAUCAAGGUGAAUGCCUACAUCACAUAAACAUAGGAGCUGAGGUAGAGGACAAAAUGCAGCUCCUUCAGACCCUGUCUUCAGAGGUCAGCAAGGUGAUAAAAGAUAAAGCUUAUCUCCAGGAGCAGCUGCAGAAUUUGGAAAAGGACUCACAGGCACUGUCUUUGGAAAAAAGUGAGCUGGAAGACCAAACCAGACAACUGAAUAAAGAGAAAACAUCACUCGUGAGGGAAUCUGAAAGCUUGCAGAGCAAACUGAGUGAACUGGAACAUGAAAAGUUGGACAUUGCCAAGGCCUUGGAGGCUGCGCUCAUGGAGAAGGGGGAGGUUGCAGUGAGGCUGAGCUCAACCCAGGAGGAACUGCACCAGCUGAGGAAAGGCAUUGAGAAGCUGAGGGUCCGUGUUGAGGCUGACGAAAAGAAGCAGCUCCACGUCUUACAGAAACUGAAAGAAAGUGAGCGUAGGAAUGACUCGCUUCAGGAUAAAGUUGAGAACCUUGAAAGGGAAUUGCAGAUGUCAGAAGAAAACCAAGAGCUGGUGAUUCUUGAUGCCGAGAAUGCCAAAGCAGAGGUGGAAACCCUCAAAACACAAGCAGAACUGGUGACUGAAAGCCUGAAAGCUUUAGAACUGGACCUCGUCGCAGUGAGGUCUGAAAAAGACAAUUUGACAAAACGGCUCCAAGAAAAACAAGGUCAAGUGUCUGAAUUAGACACAUUACUCUCUUCAUUUAAAAACCUAUUAGAAGAAAAGGAGCAAGAAAAAAUACAGAUGCAGGAAGCAUCUAGAGCUGCCAUGGAGAUGCUCCAAACACAAUUGAAAGAGCUAAAUGAGGAAGUAGCAGCCUUGUGUAAUGACCAAGAAACCUGGAAGGUCCAAGAACAGAGUCUGGACCCCCCCGUGCAGCAAGUGCAUCAGCUGAGAAGUAGCAUCGAAAAGCUGAAAGUCGACCUAGAAGCCAAUGAAAAGAAGCAGCUGCAUGUCUUAGGAAAACUGAAGGAAAGUGAGCAUGAUGCAGUUGUGCUUAAGGAUAGAGUUGAGAACCUUGAAAGAGAUCUAGAGAUAUCGGGAAAAAACCAAGAGCAUGUGAUUCUUGAGGCCAAGAGUUCCAAAGCAGAGGUAGAGACCCUAAAAGCACAAAUAGAGGAGAAUGCCCAAAAUCUGAGCAAAUUGGAAUUAGAUCUUGUCAAGAUCAGAUCAGAAAAAGAAAAUCUGACAAAAGAAUUACAAAAUGCACAAGGACGAGUAUCUGAAUUAGAAAUAUUAAAUUCUUCAUUUGAAAGUCUAUUGCAAGAAAAAGAAGUGGAAAAAGUACAGAUGAAAGAAGACGCUAAAACUGCAGUGGAGGUGCUUCAAACGCAAUUAAAAGAGCUAAAUGAGAAGGUAGCAGCCUGUAAGGCCAAAGAACAGGCUCUGAGACACCAGGUGGACUCCCUGCAGCAUGAGAAGGCUCAGUUGCUACAAGGCCUUGAGGAGGCAAAAAAUAAUCACAUUAUUUUGCAAUCUUCUGUGAGUGGCCUCAUUCAAGAAGCAGAAGAUAGCAAACAGAAACUAGAGAAGAAGGAUGAAGAAAUCAGUGUGCUAAAAAUGCGAAUUCAAGAGCAAGAGCAGCUCUUCUCUAAACUGUCCCAGCUGGAAGGAGAGCAGCAACUUUGGAAGAAGCAGAAAGUAGAAUUGGAGCACCUAGCAGUGGAAUUGGAGCAGAAGGUUCAGGAGCUGCAAUCCCGGAACAGCACUUUGCAGGAUACCUCAGAAGCUCUGCAGAAGUCUUGCAGGAAUCUGGAGGAAGAGCUUGAAUUGACAAAAAUGGAAAAAAUGUCCUUUGUUGAAAAAGUAAACACCAUGGCUUUGAAGGAAGCUGAGCUGCAGAGGGAAAUGCACGCGAUGGAACAGAAAACGACAGAGUUGAAAGAACUUAGUGGGGAGAAAAAUAGGCUAAAUGAAGAACUGAAUUUGAUGUCGGAAGAAAUAAUGAGCAGCAAAGGUCAAUUACAGGAGCUCAUGCGAGAAAAUAGUGAAUUGAAGAAGAGUUUAGACUGUGUACACAAAGACCAGAUGGAAAAGCAAGGGAAAAUGCAAGAAGAAAUAGCUGAGUAUCAGCGACAGCUUCAGGAAGCUGACAGGAAGCAUGAGGCAUUGCUUGUGGAUGCAAACAAACAGUACCAAAUGGAAAUCCAGACGUACCGAGAGAAACUGACUUCUAAAGAAGAAUGUCUCAGCUCACAGAAGGCAGAGAUGGACCUCUUAAAGUCGAGUAAAGAAGAACUCAAUAAUUCUUUGAAAGCUACCACUCAGAUUUUAGAAGAAUUAAAGAAAACCAAGAUGGACAAUCUAAAAUAUGCAAAUCAGUUGAAAAAGGAAAAUGAACGUGCGCAGGGGAAAAUAAAGUUGUUGAUCAAGUCCUGUAAACAGCUGGAAGAGGAAAAGGAACUGUUGCAGAAAGAGCUGUCUCACCUUGGAGCUGCGCAAGAGAACCAAAACACAGGUACUGCUGUGGAUGCUAAUGUAGAUGAGUUAGUGACUGAGAUGAAAGAACUGAAAGAGACUCUUGAAGAGAAAAACAAGGAGGCAGACGAAUACUUGGAGAAGUACUGUUCCCUGCUUAUAAGCCACGAGAAGCUGGAGAAAGCCAGAGAGAUGUUAGAGACACAGGUUGCCCGUCUGACUUCACAACAGCCUAGACUUAAUCUCCAGAGUUCUCCUUUGCCAGAUUCAGUUGUUCCAGGACCAUCUCCAGUCCCUUCUGUUACUGAAAAGAAGUUAUCAGCCAGCCAAAAUAAAGCUUCAGGCAAAAGGCGAAGGUCCAGUGGGAUUCGGGAAAAUGGAGGAGGAACAACACCUUCGGCACCAGAGACAUUUUCUGAAAAAAGCAGGAAAGCAGUCAAAAGUAGUAUUUACUCUACAGGGGAUGCUGAAGACGCUGAGUUUGAGCCAGAGGGACUUCCAGAAGUUGUUAAGAAAGGGUUUGCUGACAUCCCAUCAGGAAAGACAAGCCCAUAUGUCCUGCGGAGAACAACCCUGGCAACGAGGACCAGUCCCCGCCUUGCUGCACAGAAGCCAGCACCAUCCCCACUAAGUCUCCACAAAGAAAAUCACGCUGAGACCUCCAAACCAACAGCUGGGGGCAGCAGAGCACAAAAGGUCAAGGUUGCUCAACAAAGCCCAGUGGACUCAGGCACCAUCUUCCGGGAACCCUCCACGAGAUCUCUCUCGGGCAGUAACCUUCCUGAGAGGGGUUCCGCUGACAGCCCCAGGGAGGACUCGAGGGCCAAGCGAGGUCGGUUGGCCCCCAGCCCAGAAGCUGGCCCCGAGUCCAAGAGCAACGAGAACUGUAGGGUCCAGUAGGAGAGACCUUGUGUGUCUGCCCCCCUGGAAGGUGCAGGACUGAACAGCAAGUGGAGUGCCUGCGGGGAGUGCAUGAUCAGAGGGAAGCAAACAACUCCUUUGAAAUUGAAAUAUGUUUUAUACUCUUAGAUCUCCCCCUGUAAGUAUCAGAAAAGUCAGGAAGCACUGAUUACCUGCGUCUUCAGCACUGAUCCUCCUCUUCUGUGAUGUAAAGACUGUAUAAAUAAAGCUUUUCAGUAAUGUUACACUUAAUAGGCAAGCACUACGUAACAACUUCUGUUUGUUUGUGGAUUGUACACUAAAAAGAAUGCAAAACCCAUUUUAUAUUUCCAGUUAACAGCUCCCAGGAAAUUGUAAACUUUUGCUUUGUGAUAUUUCCUAUGUGUAGUAUUAGGCAUCAAAUAAUUCUAGAUUGGGAAUUUCUUUGAGCGGAGAAAAAUGAAGGAAAACAUACACACAUAUACACACAUGGAUAUGCGUAUGUGGGUGUGUUCAUCCUCUUCUGAUGUGCUUUCUAAAUCUUACAUAACCUGUACAUAUUUGUGUGUCAGGUGGUGGGAACUGUGUGUCUGCUGGCUGCAGGCUCCUCACAGCUGUGGUGGACUAUCAGGUGCCCCAUCAUUGUGCUGUUUCUUUCUAAGACCAAUUUGGUGCCAUUAUUUGGUAUGCAUUCUCAUAACUGGUGAUCUUGUAUUAAAAUGUUAGUUUUUUUCUAAUAAAAAAUUACCUUUGUUUUCAGUAAAAA